CUUCGUUUCCGUGAUUUUUUUCCGUGUACGACACGUACGUGACCAUAAUUAUUGUUAUAAUUGUGUCUGUGUAAUGAAGAUUGUUUCUUCAGCGAAAGCUGUGCCAGUGGAGGGAGAAGAUUCGUUUGGACUGUCACAGUUUUUCCAAAAACUCAAGCCUAGCGACAAUGGCCUUUCUAGUUCUUACCAAAAUGUCGACGAUUAUGAGGCGUAUAGACGAAAAAAAGCGGAGCAAGGCUACAUCUCCAUUUGCUGGACAGAGUCAUUCAUUAUAACAGAAAAUAAAAAAACAAAUAUCCGCAAUACUUCGAAAGCAUAUUCGAUAAUACUUGAUUCUUUUCUGAAUUCAGAAGACAAAAUAAACACGAAUCAGAACACGUCUUGCUACAAAAUUGAAGGUGAGGAUGACAUAAGGAAGGAAAGAAUUUUCAACUUCACCACUGUCAAGGAAACAGAGGUAUAUUUCAUAAAAGAACACAAAAGAUUAUUUUGUGGAGCUGGUCCUGUCCUUUCCGAACAUUUUAUAGUAUGGCCUAAAUUGAAUAGAAAACAAAUUGAAGUUAGUAUCAGUCCGAUGACCUCAACAAACUUCAGGGAUUGUGAUUCAGAUACGAGAAAUGAAAAAAACAAACUUUCCAAAUCUCCCACAACAAUUUUACCAGAUCAAUAUCUAGGAUCAGCAGAAAACUUCGACAGUGUUCUAGGAAACACAAAUCCACUGUUCUCGACAGAAUUUCCAAAUUUUAAGAAGAUAGUUAACGGAACUGCAUCAGAUAACCAAUCACUAGAUGUGUUUGAUUCUCUUGAUAAUUUGAAAGACUCGUUGAAUUUGUCGGCAGCUGAGAAGAGCGAAAAUGAAGUUGAAAGUGAUGACAUGGAAUAUACAUUGGAAUUUGAUAAAACCGAAGGGUCAACAUCAUACUCUCCUUUAUCUACACAGUCUCCCACUACAAACACUGAUGAGAAUACAGAUAGCAGUUCUUUCCACAGUUGGUCUUCAGCUGGUUCGCAAGGUUCACAAAUGGGUGAUUUAAGAACUGGUACUACGAAACCAACACCGUUGCUGAACAUUUCUUCAGAUCAGGAUGUACAUAUACAAAUGAUGAAAAGUCAGAUAUCCUCAAAUAGAUCUGUGAAUACAUCAAAAGUUGGUAAAUCACCAAGUAGGUCCUCAAAAAACCCACAGACUAAUUCAAACGAGAAUAUAAGAAAAAACCCAUUUUCUACAACUAAAGGUUCAAUUAAUCCACCCGGUGUACAAAACAAAAAUCUAAUGAUAUCUUUGCUGAAAAGAAACAUUGAUUGUUCUUACGGCAAUAGUUCUAUUUGUGAUGAAAUGAAGGGCAGAAUGAAUUUUUUGAAAGAAAUGAGAAACAGCUCGAGUCCAAUUUUAUCGAAUUUGUUUUUUCCGAGAAAGACCUUUCUUCAAAUUUUUCGUGAUGGCAAUAAUCAUACGUAUAUUCUAAAUAUGAAGGUUAUUAUAGACGUGAAGAACUCUGAUUUUGUGGGAAAAAUAAAAGGAGCAAGUUUAAAAGUUGAGGAAGAGAGCAAGUACGAAAUUCUGGAACGAAAUGUUAAAAAUUCGAACUGAUAUUCGAAUGAUUAAUUGUUCAUAUCGCUAAUAAACAUAGUUAUGAUGUUCAUAUAAUUUCUCA